AUGACAAAUGGAAAAAGUCUUGUUGCAGAAUUAGAAGAAUUUAGUAAUUUUGCAAAGCGUCGUGUUGUGACUAAAUUUGAAACUUGUACCGGAGAUACAAUAUGCGAAACUUUUAGGACUUACCGUCAGCAGCUUAUGACCUUCAUUGAGAAUGAAAAUGAAAAAGAAAAGUUACUUAUAAAUGCGAAUGUUGGGAAAGUUCAGAAGCUUCGGGUUUUGGUUAGCAAAAGCAAGGACUAUUACGGUCGACAAAUGAAACAAGCUUUGGAAGAGCGUGAAACAAAAGGUGUUCCAUUAAAAUUAGACGAGCUUUAUGAACAGGUAAGUGUAAAGUUAGAGAAGAAUGUAAGUGUAGAGUUCUGUUGGUUUAUGAAGUUCAAGAACUAACA